AUGUCGCAACCAUCGCCUUACAGCAACCACAGUAAUUCAUCGCCCGAAAUUUUGAACGACUCCGAUUUGGAAGACUACAACACGAACGACUCUGAUAGUGCCUCGCUUGCGGGAAAACUGGAUUUCUCCACCGAAAGUACCGACGAUUUAAAAUACGACGAACUAGCUGAACAGAAACUUGAAAGCUGUAGCGAGAAAGAUGGUUUUGACAUCGAAUACAUUAACAUGCCCAACAAAAGUUUAAAGGGAUGUUAUCAAGUGUUCGUGAAAUUAAAGUUUACUAGGAAUAAAGAUAGAGGAAAGAAUCCAAUAGUCACUCAUGGCACGGGAGAAACUCUUGAAAUUGCAAAGCAAAGAGCGGCAGAACGCGCUCGGAAGCAUUUAGAAUUGAUGUUAUCUGUGCAGUAG